CCCGACGUAAAUGUGUCAAAAAUGUGAGUGGCAUUAAUGAAGAAACAUUGAAGGAAAAUAAUUAUCUACGUUUUCUGAGUGAUUACCAUUGUCGAGUUAGAAGACGUGACACUCUUCGGAAUAAAAAAUCAAGACCGUUAAUCUGUAAAUUCAAACAACUCAAGAUGCACAAGAUAAGAUUGUAUGUUGUCCCGGAGCAAGAGGAGCUUGUUGAUGAAACGGAUGAACAAGUUGAAGAUAUUAAAGAUCUUGAUAAUACAUCAACAAUAUUUCAACGUAAAAAUUCACGUCGUCCUGGUGCUGUUCGUAUUAAUGUCAUACCAAAAAAAUCAAAACAACAUACAAUAAAUUUAUCAAAUGAAAAUUGUCAAAUAAAUAAUAAAUUAAAAAUCAUUCCACCAAAUGUACCAUUAAGAAAUUCAUCAAUGAAUUAUAAUCGUGUACUUGCAUCACCACGUAUCAAACAAAUUGCUUUGGAUUUACAAGAAAAAAUGCAACAACACAGUGGCAAUAAUAAAUCAAGCAUAAAUACUGAAAAUUCAGUAAAUUCAAUUGUAACAAAUCAAAGAUCAAAUACAAUAUUAAAAAAUUUACGUUACAAUGUUGAAAUAAAUAACAGUAGUAAAAGAAUAUUAAAUUCAGGAAAUAAAAGAACUGCUCGUGAUUGUCCAACGCGUAAAAGUUGUCGAAAGGAUCAGCAUCAAACUGGACGUUUGCCAAAAAUUGUUAAAGUCAAAGACGAGAUAGACGGAACGGAAAAUACUCAAGCGAAUCAAAAUUCCAACGACGCCAACUUGGCUAUACUACGUAGAAACAACAAACUCAAUGGCUACAGGGAUUAUGAUUUGGAGCAAAAAAUUGAAGUGGAAAUUAAAAUGCGAGAAGGAUCAGCACGUUUGUUGGCUGCUGCACGUCAUCGUGCACAAAGUUUGGAAGCUGCUAGGGCUUUGUUGACAUCAAACGAAAGAAUGUCAGCUUACAUGGCUGAAUUGCAAAGACGUAAAAAAGAACCAGUAAACAAAUCAAGUACCCUUGUAAGUACAGCAAGAGUGUCAUUGUCAGAGUUACGAAUACCAUUGAUGUGGAGAGAUUCUGAUCAUUUUAAAAAUCGUGGUGAUCACAGACGAUUUGCUGUAUUUUGUCUUGCUAGAAUUGGCACUGAAAUACAUGAUACAGCUCUUCUUUGUCCUGUUGAUCGGGCAUUAACUGAUAUUACGUUUCCUGAUGUUUUACUAUUUAAUAAUGUACCAGCUGAAUUUGAACUAACACUUGAAAUUUAUAGUCAUAUACUCCAAGAAGAUUUGAGUAUUGCAAGUACACCAAGAAGAAUUAAAAGAACAAUACAUUCAUCAAUAUCAAAAACAGUUGGUAAAAAAUUAGCAGCUUCAUUACGUGAUGAAUUAAAUACUGGUAAAAUGGGACCACAUUUUGAACUUAUGGCAUCAGCUAAACUUACUCUAGAUGAUACUGAUGAAAAUAUUCAUACACAUGAUCUUGUUAUCAGUAAUUUAGAUAACAAACAUCAUGCUUUGCCACUUUUUGGACAUUUUUGUUGUCGUCUUGCAGCUCAACCAGAAUGUAUUACAAAAGAAGUUUAUUCAGGUGGAAUAAUUAUAAAUGAUAAUAAUUAUUGGGCAAAAUUACAAAAUUUUAAAAUACAAACUUGGGAAUCACGUAAACUUGCUGAUGAAGAACAAAUUUGUAUUCAUACAAUUCCAAUAAAUAAAGAAACAAAUAUUCAAUUAUCAAAAACAUCAGUUAAAGAAUUAAAAAUUACAAAUACAUUAGAAGCUGCUGAUAAAACUGUUGUAAUUAAGCUUGAAACAGUUGAUGAUGCUCAAAAAUGGUUGAGAAAUUUGAUAAAUCAUGCAAAUGAACAUUCAAAAUGGAAACAUGCAGCUGAAUCAGUACAAGAAGUUCCAUGUAUUGAGAGUGCAAGAAAUUCAUUUAUCAGCAAAAGACAAGGAUCAUUGUAUGACGAAACACCUCUCAUUGAAUCAGUUCAAUCUGAUUACACAAAUUCAAGACCAACUGUGCAGGAAAUAUUUGGUCUAACACCAAGUACAAGUCUAAGUAGUUGCAGUUCAAAUAGUCCUCCAAGUUUACGUUCACGAUCAUUGAGCAUGAGUGGUACACGUAAAUUAAGUACAAGUACACUUAAAUCUCAUUGGCCAUUUUCAAAUAAAAAUCAUGAUUAAAUAUUAUAAUUUAAUUACUAAUGUAUCGUUAAAGUUGUAAAUGAGCCAUCGUAAUAAUACUCAAAGAAAAAAACAAAACAAAAAUAAUUAUUAUCAAAAUAAAAUAGCUCAGACUAUUGGCAAUAUUCGUUGAUGGCUAUAUGAGGACCAGGUAGAUAUUUCCUAAGAUGCAUUUUUUUUUUCCCCAAGACUGAAUUGAAGAAUGAAUCCUGAUUGUCAUAUUUUAUAGCCAUAUUUAAUUAAUAUUUCCAUAAGAUUAUUAUUACUAUUUUUCAAUUUUUAAUUUGCAAAUAACUCAUGCAUAAAAUGUUGUCAAAUAAUUGCAAAAAUAUGUAUUGAAAAGUUAACGUCAUCUUUUCAAUUUUUAUAUUAAAAAAAAAUUAUUUUUAUUUUUAUUUUUUUUUUUACUGUUUUGUAUAAAUUCAAGAGUCAUUAUGAUUUUUCUUUUUUUGUUUUUUUUUUUAAACAAAUUUAAAAAAUGUAAGAAUUGUAAAAGAGCAUGAUGUCAAUGUAGCAAUAGUUAAAAUUAUUUGUAGUAUUUAAGAAGAGUGAAUAAUUUUCCCUUUAUAUAAAUUAAUAAAUAAAUAUUUAAGUGGAAGAAAAAAAAUAAAAUUAAUCAUAAUUUAAACAUACAAAAAUGUAAAGAUACUGAUUGUUAAUUACCAGUAAAAUAUAAUAAAAAAUAUUAUAAUCUUCCUCUUGAAAUUAAUUUUGGCAUUUAAAUUAUUAUUUUCCAUAAAUAUUAUGAGUUUUGAUUUAUUAUAAUUUUCAUUUUUCUUAACAGUGUAUGUACAAUAUCUAAAUAAAUCAGAUUCUCACAAAAUGAGCCAAAAAAUAAUUCUAAAAAUUAUUUUUUUCUUGCAAAUUAAUAAUCAAUUUUUUCAUGAAUUUUCUUGUUUUUCUUCUUGUUUUUUUUUUGCAGCUGCUAAUGAUAAACUACCAGCAGCAACAAAGAUUGUGAAA